UGUUUCGGUUUCACAACUAAAAUACCAUAGUCAGUUACACAAGUAUAUAUUAAAUAAUAAACUGCAUCAUUAAGUUAUUAAAAAAAAUAUAUUAUUCUAUAAAUAUAACAAUUUUAACAGUGAUGAUGACGAUUCACGUAUAUAUUUCAGUUUUGCUUUUAUUUUUUUCGCUUCACUGUUUUACUUGUGCCAAACGUCAUGAUUCGAUUUAUGGUGAUGAACUGAAGCGUGAUAAUAGUCGAAAUAGGCGAGAGUCCUUUGCAGGAUUAAUAGCUUUUCCAAGAGUUGGAAGAUCACAAAUAAUUCCAGAUUUACAAAAUGUUUAUAACGAACAAAAAGAAUUUUCAAACCAUAAAAGAGAAGGACUCAUUCCAUUUCCAAGGAUUGGUAGGAGAAAUGAAAUGAAAAACUCUGCCUUGUGGUUUGGUCCUAGACUAGGAAGAUCAAUAAAAGAUGUUAUCAAUUAUGACACCUAUUUAAAUUCUGAUGCAUCUAACAUGAUGAAGAAUCUUAUGGAAAUAAAAAACGAAAAUUACAGCGAAGACGAAGAAAAUUUACUGUUAUAAUAAAUUGAAUAAGAUUAUUGGCGUUAAUAUAUUUUUUAAUAUUACAAUAUAAGCCUACAAUAAUUUUGAUUACAAAUAGUUUAUAAAUAAACUUGGAUAGUCUUAUUGUAGUUAUAAAAAUUGAUAAUUGUUCAAUGGUUUAAUUUUGGUCAAAGUAGUUCUAGCUUACGGAUUGUUAAGUAUUAUAAUUAUUGUAAGAUAAAUAAAUAAUUAACAAUAAAAUAUUUAUAAAAAUGUUGA